AGAGUGGUGGUAGUUUAUGGCAGUGAUUUUCAUUAUUUGGCGAAUAAAGUCGAGCACACGUGUGUUGAUUUCGCUUUGUUUUCAACAAGUUGUAAGAAAAUAAGACAUGGCUAUCGACCCACGUAAGGAUUUAAAGUGGACGAUUCAAUGUUGACAUCACAGUAGCAGACUAGAAGUGAGCCAAGUGACAGACCACAAUGAGCCAGAGUCCAAGCCCUGACCACAACGAACCAAGCGCAGACGAAGAUGAAGGCAGUGCUGUUGACGACCAGCAGUUCAAUGUCCAGCAGGCAGCCAAGCAUGACACAGAUGAAGAUGAGAAAUCCAGUCUUACUGACAGUGAGGCCCACAGACCAAGCAUGCAACAGGAGGAGCACAGUGAAGCUGCUGAAAACUCCAAAGGAAGUGGCACAGCCACCAGCCAAGGAAGUUUCGACAGUGUGGACAGUCUGAAUGUAGAGGGAAUCUCUCUUGUCAGGCAAAGUACCGAUGAGAUGCUAGACGAGGCAGAUCCCAAUCAAGUCAAGGUGAUCAGUCCUGACCUAUUGGAAGCUCAUCCGAAUAUGAUCCCUGCAGCCACUCCUCCAUUGUCGACCAAUAUGCCAUCGAGAAGGGCAACACCAGACCCAAAGGUGACUCCAGUCAGCAGGGAAGAUGAGUCGGCACCCAAAGAUUCUAUCAGUGAAACUCUGGAAAAUGUUGGCAGUGAGAGUGAUGUGCCUGGAAGUAGGGACGAAACUGAUAGUAUUGUUCAACUACCAGAUCUCUCUGUGAAUGCCAAAGAGAAUUUGUUACAAGAAGCACCACAAAGCGAAACACAAGACAGCAAGGAACUAGAAAUGGGUUCAUCACGCAGCUUGUCAGUAACAUCUCCUGCUACAAGUCUUCAAGGCGAACACGAAGAAAACAAUUUAAACAUUGAGAAACAAAACGUAGAUAAAGAGGACCAAAGUUUCAUCCUAGAUGAUCAAAUAGUAAAUCAAAACCAACAAAGUUUCCACCAAGAAGAUCCAAGCUUAUAUCAAGAGGCACACAUUAGCGAAGAUCUGAAUGAAGAAUCAGGUGAUGUAGGAGAAGGCCCUGAAAUAACCCAAGAGAUAUUUGCUUACGACACAGUGGACGUCUCUGAGAAACAUGUUUAUGACGACACACCAAACGUUUUUCUGAACACAGGAGUCUCGGACCACCACAAAGAUGAUGACAGCUUCUACGCCAGUGCCGAGGAGAAUGUGGACGAGAAAGUCACAGACAAGCAUUCCAUGAUCCGGUUCCAACUGGCGGAUGCUGACACGGAAGAGCAGACCGUGGAGAUUGUUGAUGACGUCUACAGUGAAACAUACGCCCCUAGAGACACCUGCCUGGAGGACAACGAGCUGUAUGGGAGUGUCAGAGUUUAUAAAACUGACGAAAACAACGUGGACGACGACGACGAUGAUGAUGAGCACAUAAGCAGUGUCAGUGAACACGAAGACAACGACCAUCCAACAUUUGUGAAGGCUUCAAAUCAGGACAGGCACCUAUUCAUCUACUCUUCCAAUGCACCGUACACAUUGGGUGACAGUUUCUCACAGUACGAGAAAUUGACAAAGAGAUCCUUGGGUGACACAGACGAGUUGGUGUCUGGUUACCAGGACAACAGCUCUGUAGUAAGUGACGUUUUCAGUCCAAGACUAGAAUCACACAGACAUAGCAGUCUGACCAGGCUCAAGUCCAAGAUGCCCAAGUUCUCCUCUGUGGCCUACUCAUUUAAACGCCAGAAGCCUCAAGCACCCCCUUCAACUCCGCCCCCUUCCCCCUGGACUGUGUACGGUGAUUUUGGUGGUUACUUUCUGAACGGGCAGAACAGUCAGAGUUCCAGGGACAAUAAGAGACUGGAAGACUCAAUAUUGAGAGAUUCGGAAGAUUAUACUUUGAAAGGCUCUGACGGGAAUCCUGAAAAGAUUCCAGCAAGGAUCCGUGAUAUAAUCACUCAGAAUUUGUCUACCAAAGAACUGAGUGGGCCGUUGCCUACUAUGGCAUCCAGCGUCAGUGUGUCAUCACUGCAGGAAGAGAAUCGACUGCUGUCUCAUGAACUGAAUCGCUUGGAGGACCUACUCUCAGCCUCAAGGGCAGAGAGGGAUGAGCUUGGUAUCAAGUAUAAUGCUCUAAGUGAAAGGCUGGAGCAGUCACUAAAGAGUGAUUCAGGACUUGAUACCUCCAGUGACAUGGCCUCCAGGACUGUGAUGCAGCAGAACAUUGACCUGAGGAGAAAACUGGAAGAGGAACAUUCCAGCUACAAGAGAAAGCUGCAGGCAUACCAGGAUGGUCAGCAGAGACAAGCCCAGUUGGUGCAAAAGCUGCAAGCAAAGCUGUUACAGUACAAGAAGAAAUGUCAAGACCUUGAGGAGUCUGUCCACAAGAAAGAUGUUGAGAUCAACAGAGUCUACACCAGCAAGAACUCAACUGAAAGUAGAUACAAGCUGAUUGAGUCAGAGGCAGCAGAUAAUAUUGACUCAGUUCUCAUCCAGUUAGAGGAGGAGAGACAGAGGUGUAAUGGACUGGAGCAUGUGAACACCAUGCUAAGAGAACAGCUUGACCAGGCCACUGCUACCAACCAACAACUGACCCUGGACAUUCACAAGCUGACCCAAGACUGGCAAACUGCAAGGGAAGAGCUGGAGGCUAAGGAAAUGGAAUGGAGAUCAGAGGAAAAGAACUUCAAUGAGUACUUUAACUCUGAACACUCUCGUCUCCUGUCACUCUGGAGAGCUGUGGUGGCCUUCCGACGUCAGUUUGGAGAAAUGAAGAUUGCUACUGAGCGUGACCUUGCUGGGGUUAAGGGUGAAGUCCAAAAGGCUGCACGCACCAUGCAUUCAGCUUGUCUUAACGUGAGUGCCCACUUGAGAACUGGUGAUGCCCAUUGUCAGGUGAGCCUUGAAAAGGAGCGCAGUGAAAAGAUUUCCAUCGAGUCCCAGUUGAGAGAUAAACUUAGAGAGGUCCAUGAUUUGCAGGACAAGAUUAAUGAGCUGACCAUGAAGAAUGAGAGAUUGAAUAUUCAGCUGGAAGAGAAAGAAAAAGCCAUUGUUCUGAUCCAAAAAUCUCUUGUCCAGUCAGAGAAAGUAGUGGAAAUACAAGAAACUGACACAGCCAGACAGGUCCGGGAAGAAACUGAGGCUCUACAUUGGGCUCUCCGCAACAUUGCUGAAGCUGUUAUCAAUGAUGCUGACCAGGGUGCAGAAGAUGAAGAGAAUGUUGCUCCAAGAAGAACAGCAUCUCCAUCUUUCAGAACAUCCUCAGUCUCGCCUACCAGGUCCAGGUCACCUUAUGGUCGCCUGAGGUCACCGCACCGUUCUCCUUCACCUAAAACUAGAUCUAGAUCCCCUGCUUUCGCUGAUGCCACAUUUUCAGCUGUUCAGGCAGCCCUUAAUAAGCGCCAAUUGCAGGUUUCAGAGUUAAAGGCCAAACUAAAUUCAAGCCGAGACCAAUCAGUGUCACUUAAGAAGACCAUAGAAGAUGUUGUGAAUGAGAAAAAGAGAAUGGAGAUUAUUAUCUUGAAUCUGAAGGAGGAUCUAGACAUUGUUCGCAGGGAGAAGGAAGACUCAUCCCGGGACAGAGACCGCAUUAAGACUGCCCUCAGCCAGACUGGAACGGAGAAAUCUCAAUUGGAGCGUGUCCGCCUUGAGUUGAACUCUCAGAUUGAAGAGCUACAGAAAGAGAACGAGAGGCUUAAGUCUGCCAAUGGUGAGCUCCAAAGGACCAGAGACAACUUGGAAGAUGACAAGGAAGAUAUCAUAAAAGAUAAAGAUCGUCAGGUCAAAGAGAAUGAGAGAUGUCAAAAAGUGAUAGAACAACUUGAGCAGAAAAUCUCAUCCGUCAGGGAAGAGCUGGUGGCCACCAAGGAAGCUCUCAACAGAGCCCUGCUAGAUAAAGAAGUGUUAGAUGCACAAAACAAAGAGCUAGGUGAUUCCCUGUCUAGGUCUGAAGUACAGAAGGCUGAGAUAGAAGUGGAGAUCAACAAACUGAAGACUGACGAGGCCACACUCAGAGAUGCUCUGCUGAAACUGCAAGCUCUAAAUGAAGGACUGGGUCAGGACAAGAUUGAACUCAACAGAAUUAUUCUUCAGCUUGAGGCUGAGAAAGCCUCACUGUAUGGGGAGAAGUCUGCCUUGGAGCAAGAGAAGUGUGGCAUCAGAGAGGAGCUUGUAAGAGUGGAGCAGGAAAAAAUGGAUCUGGAUACAGAGAAACAUGGUCUGAACCACACUUUAGAGUUGUCAGAACUGACCAGACAGCAACUAGAAGAUGAAAUUGUCCAACUGACGAAAGAUAAGCAAGAGAUCAUUGCCCAGCUCAAUAUGUUGUCAAGACAGAAGCAUGCCUUGGCUGAGGAGUUGUUGAACUCUAGAAGAGAUGUAGAUAAGAUCCAGGUGGUAGUGGAGCGUCUGAUCAAAGACAAAGAGAUUCUAACUCAGGACAAAGGAGAGCUUGUUGUACAGGUGACAGCGUGUGAGAGAGAGAACAGGCAACAGAGUGAGAUCAUCUCAGCCUAUGCUGCAGAUAAGGACAGCUUGGAGAGUGCUCUUUAUGAAGCCCAACAGCAAAUCAGGGAGCUGGAAGUGAGAAAAGGUCAGCUAGAGGGAGAGAACCAAGAGCUGAUAGUCAAGAAAGAGAAUCUUCAAUCUGAGGUUGCCAGGCUGGAGAAAGAAAAACUGACAGAUUAUGAACGUUUUGAAUUUGCCAAGGCCAACCUGAACCAAAGAAUCCAACAGCUAGAAAGAGACUCACAGUUGGCCUUGACCCAGGAGAAACAGGCCCAUGAGGAAGAUGUGGAGAGACUGACUCAGGAGAGGGAUAACCAAAGAACAGAAUUUGAUUCUGAGAGAGACCGUCUGGUUCACCAGCACGCUGUGGAGAAAGAAGAUUUGACCAGCAGUGCAGAGAAGCAGAAAGAGGAGCUGCUAGAAGAGCUGGCGUUGCUCCAGAGAGACAGAGAUGAUGCUCUCCUGAUGGCUGAAAAUGAUAAGCAGCAGGUGAUUGCCCUUCUAGAACAAGAGAAAGGACUAGUCCAAGAGAAGAACAUGGUGUUGACUGGAGAACUCACCCACCUGAAUGUUGAAUAUGAACGUUUGAAACGUGAAUCUCAGACACAACAUGAGCAGGACAGAAAUGCCAUCAACAACCUGCAGAGUGAACUCAAGAGCUUCAGAUCUCAGUUUGAGGAGACCACUGAAGCCCAUGAGAGAGAGGUCAAAGAACUGACUGCACAGAUUAGAGAACUUGUCCGACAGAGAGAAGGCCUUCUGAGAGAGGUGGCUGAACUGAAAACACAACUUAAGUUGGUAGAGGAGACCAGAGAUGCCAUCAGAAGGGAUCUCAUAGAUGCCAAUAGAGCUAUCAGAGAAGCUGAAGAAACCAAAGAACUGCUACGCCGUGAAAUUAUUGACACCAAGAGGGCAGUAGGUGAGGAGACCAGAGAGAAGGAGCUGAUCAGCAAGACAGCAGAUGACCUGAGGAACAAAGUGAAGAAACUAGAGUCUGACAAGUCAGAGAUGGGACGCCUCAUCCAGGAAGCAAAACAGAGAAUUGGAGUUCUUAAUGAGCAGAAGGCUGGCAUUCAGAAAGAAGCUGCUGAGCUGCGCAACAACCUACGUGAGGUGGAAAAAGCUCGACUCGAAGCCAGGCGUGAGCUCCAGGAGUUGCGUAGACAGAUCAAAAUGUUGGAUGGUGAGCGCAGCAAAUUAGGCAAAGAAGUUGUGGAGCUGCAAGUCAGAGUAGCUAGAGAUGAAGAAAAAGAAGAGGAAGCAAGGAAAACAUCUUUUGAUCUGAAACAGAAGGUUGUAGAAACUGAAGCUUCCCGUGAGGCUUUGCGUAAAGACUUGGCCAACCUCCAGCGCAAGAUGGCUGAACUUAUUGAUGAGGCCAGGAUGAAAGAGAAAGACUAUCAACUGGCUCUGGAAGACAGCCGCAGAUCUGAGAGAAAACUGGAAGACAAUAAGAGGAAUCUGGAGAUAGCCUUGGACAAUACCAAUGCUGAAGCUGGAGAACUUAGACUGAAAUUAAGUGGGGCUGAAGGAAGAGUUAGUGCUCUUGAGGCUGCUCUGGCCAGACUAGAAGGCGCCAAGCGAGAUGUUGAGUUCAAAUUGAACAGCAUUGUUUCCAGCCUACGUAGAACCAUUGGCUUCCGUAUGGACAUGCCUAGGUCUAAGAGCCCACUUCUGUCCAGAUCCCGCAGUCCCUCACCGAGAAGAUCAAGACCAACAUCCCCCACCAAAGGUUUUGACAGCACCUAUGCAACUACCACAGAGGGCAGAGGAAGCCCCAUUCCACGCACUGGCUCACCACUCAGGAGUGGAAGCCCCUUGAGAAGCAGAAGCAUGAGCCCUGGCCGUCUAGACUGCUCCGAUGUUGACCCUGAGGCUGUACGCGUUGCUCUUCGUGACUUUAUGUCUCAGCUGGCUUCGGCUGAGAGAGAAAGGGACGAUGCCUUAUCUCAGAUACGAAGCUUGACCACUCAACUGAAGGAUAUCGAAGAAGAGAGAGAACGAGUGGACAAUAGACUGAUGAUACUCCAAAAAUCUCUUGGAGAAGCCGAAGAAGGUAAGCGUGACAUUGAUGGACGCUUGGCAUCCGCCCAGACAGCUCUUGUACUACAGGAAGAAUCUAUCCGCCGAAAUGAGCGAGAGCGCAAAGCCUUGACUGACAAGGUCAACAAUCUGGAGAGAUCUAUUGCUUCAGCUGAGUCAGAAAAGAGACAAUUUCAAGAAAAGAUUUCCAAGUUGAAGCAAAAUGAGUCCAAACUAGAAGAAGAUAAGAAACAGCUAAGGAUCUGUUUAGACGAGGCUGAGAACAGAUGCACUAAGACUGAGCUGAACAGACGAGCAUUGGAGGGAGAACUCCAAAGACUAAGAAUGGCCAUGAAUGACAAAGAGACAGAGAAUCAGGUUCUUCAAGACCGCACUGAAAGUCUAAGUAAACAAAUACAAGACUUGGAAUCCAAGGCUCAAAGUCUCCAACUCACAAUUGAUAGGCUAAAUACAAACUUGGCUAAGACAGAAGAAGAGGGUCAUCAGAGUAAAGAUAAGGUGCAAGCUUUGAAUCUCUCCUUGACUGACAGCAAUGCCAUGAUCAAUGAUCUGGAGGAAACAGUGACUAAACUUCAGAGAGCCUUGACAUCCAGUGAACAUGACCGACGUGUCCUUCAGGAGAGACUAGAUGUUACACGCCAAGCUGUGAAUGAAGCCAAGAAACAGAACCACAACCUGGUAGAGCGACUACAAGCUAUCCAGAAUGAUAUGGCAGCUACUGAAGUUAGAUGCUCUGAAUUGGAAGGACAGAUUAGACAGUCCAAUACUAUUCUAGAACAAAGGAAAGAAGCAGAGCAAGAACUGAAUCAGCGCCUUCAGAAAGUCUGUGCAGAUAGACAAGCUCUGCAGGAAAGAGUCGCUUCUCUUUCCAGAACCCUUGGCAGCAUUGAGAAUGAGAAACGUGAGAUUGAAAGGUCAACUAUGAGAUUGGAGAAGGAUAAAACUGCUCUCCGCAAGACUUUGGACAAAGUUGAAAGAGAGAAGCUACAGACAGAAGAGUUUGCCCAAAAAUCUCUCUACAAUCGUGAUAAUGUAGACAGGACACUGACCAGAUUGGAAGAAGACAACAUCAACCUUCAGAGGCAGCUCCAGGAGAUGCAGGCACAGCUGGCUGAAGCUGAACAAGCCCAUGCACAGAGAUUGAUUGAUUUGACAACUCGCCAUAGAGCAGAAACAGAAAUGGAGACUGAGAGACUCCGAAGUGCCCAGCAACAAGCUGAAAGACUCCUUGAAGCUCGUGAGAAAUCCCAUCGCCAAAAAGUAAAAGGGCUGGAAGAACAAAAUGCACUGCUCAAAGACCAGAUUAGUCAAGAACUGAGAAAACGACAGCAGUACAUCACGAAAUCAACCCGUGCUGGAGAUGACAUUCGAGACCUGCGCUCAAUCCUGGACAGCUCUUUGUCCACCAUCAUCCAUGACCCAAACCUUGACCCCAUUCUGCUGGAGCAGGAGUCGCGCAAGCUAGAUGAAAGUUUGAGCUACAAUCGUAGUUACACUCCACGUAAAAGAUCACCAUUGAGGAACAUGUCCCCUGGGAGAGUAGGGUUUUCCUCUACCCCUCAGUACCAUCCUCCCACUCGUAGUCCAAUUCUUAGACGCAAACUCAAACAAUAAGGAAGAAAUAAAACUUAAAUGUUAACAGGAGAUGCGAUUUUAUUUUCUAGCAAUACAUCAUUCAUUUGAAUAAAAAAAAAAUUUUCACAAUCCUUUUGAUCACUUGAGAAAGUUCUUUGAAAAAGAAAUACUUAUAGAUGAAAUUCGGUUCUGGAAAGUUACAAUUAUCAAUGUAUAAGUACCACACAUUAUUUGUUUUCAUUGUUUGAUCAGAUAAUUGUAAAUUUGUAAGCUUCUGUUGACUAGUGUCACUUAAAAGGAGGAAUGUGUCCGGUAUAAGUGAGUGUACUGUUCAGGUCUAAGGGAGACCAUCACAAUCACACUGUUACAACUGAUGUGAUAGUUUAGUUCUUAGUUUAACUUUUACUCCAAGAGUUAUGCCCCUUCCUAUGCACAAUGAAAAUUCCUGACCAAAUCUGUGAUAUAAUUGAUGAACUUUAUUUUUUUUUAUAUUGCUCAUUCAUUGUAGACAUUAUUUCUAUGAUGUUGUUUUUUUUUAAUGAUAUUUUUUAAAAACAUUUUUGUACUAAUUUUUUUUUUAUUAACAAUACUUCAUUUGCAUGCUACAGGCUGUUGAGCCUUUUAUUUUAUGUAAUGACAAAUCUAUUUUCUAAAUAAAACCUUUAUUUUUUUGAACUGUCUUAUUAAUUAUAAAUUUAUUUGAUCUAUUGAGUCUCAUAUUAAAAGUAUUAUUAUAUUUAUUCCUGCAUGUUACAUUCUAUUCAACUUAUACUAGUAGUUCUGACAAAAAGUAUUAGCAAUCCGUCCAGUUCUUAUACUUUUUUUUUUGCUAUGUAUUUUUCAUUUUCUUUAGAACAACUUGCAUGAUUUAUUUUGAUUGCUCCAUAUUUGCACUCAUUAUUUUGCACUGUUCAAUGUUGUUUUAUUUUGUUUUGUUUUUUGUAACCACAUUGCAGUUUAUAUUGGGUCAGUUUGAGGUGGUAGGUUAAUAAGAAAUACGACUUAUGGUAUCUUGGGUAGAAAUUUAGUCUUUUUUUUUUUUAAAUUUUAGUUGCAGAUCAGUGCUGUCAGCUACAAUGCAAAUGCAGGGACUUAAGACAAUCAUUAUUGAGUUCAGUGUUCCAUUUUGUGCUGUUAUAACUCUUUGAUCAAGUUAUGUAUAGUUGACGCAGGAAGUAAAUAUUUAAGUCUAAUCGAUCAGCAUUAUAAUUAUUUCUGUGUGAUAUGUUUUAUUAUUCUUGUUUAAUAAUUUAUCAGAAGAGAAAUGAUUUAAUUUAAAGAACCUAAUAUCUAUUUUGCUUAGACUGAAUAUUAAUGUCAGUAUUAUUACAAGUCACGGAUGUCCUUAUUUUGUGUGUGUGUAUUAACAAGGAUUGUUAUUCUUGAAGUUCUUCAAUGAUUUGUUCAAUCAGUAUUGUUUACCUUUUAUUUUGACAUCUGUCCUUUUUUUUUUUCUAUUCCUUAAGUUUUUAAAAUCAAAACAAAUUUUGUCUGUGAUACAAAAAAAUAAAGAGAUUUACACUUUUUUUUAUCUUAACUAUCAAUACUGUUCUCUUCACAUUCAAAGUCUGCAUUUGUAUUUGUAGACAAUUAGUAGUCAAGUAGGAAGUAGAUUAUUGUUAAGCUUUUAUUUUUAAAUCAAUGUGGACAAAGAAAUGGUUCAUGUAUGAAUCACUAGUAUGACAUUUUUUCAAUAUUGAUUUAUUUUGUUUGUAUUAAAACUUAUAUUUGUAGUGAAAUCUUUUAGUUGCUCAUUUAGCCCAAUCAUUUUGUGGUCCUCUUUUUUUGUCCAUUGUUAUAUAAGAUCAGUUAGUACCUACAUCAUCAGCUGAAUGAAUCAAUGGAUGUCACAAUCAAGUCAAGUACUGGAACCUAGUCCCAUACUUGUUCAUACCUUAGAAUAACCAACAAUAUUGUGCACAAGAUAUUCUGUGUUGUCCAUGUACAGGUAUCUGCUGAACAUUUGCAUGAUUUUCUUUAUUAAUUGAAAUAUACAAGACUAAAAAAUAAAGUGUGUUUCUGAGUAAAAUA